AUGGCCAUGGAGACAUCCUCGACCCAGUUUAGGUCCUUCUUUGACCCAAUCAUGGCCAUGGAGGUGUCCUCGACCCAAUUUAGAUCCUUCUUUGACCCAAUCGUGGCCAUGGAGAUGCCCUCUGGGUUCUCCAGGAGGGCCAUGCGUCGUCCCCGCUGUGGUGUCCCCGACAAGUUCGGGGCGGAGAUCAAGGCCAACGUGCGCCGCCGCCGCUACGCCAUCCAGGGCAUGAAGUGGGAGAACCAGGAGAUCACCUUCUGCAUCCAGAACUACACCCCCAAGGUGGGGGAGGCCGGGACCUUCGGGGCCAUCCGUCGGGCCUUCUCCGUCUGGGCGGCGGCCGCCCCUUUGCGCUUCCGGGAGGUCCCCUACGGGGAGGUCCGUCAAGGCCGUGCCCCCCAAGCGGACAUCAUGAUCUUCUUCGCCGAGGGCUUCCACGGGGACAGCACCCCCUUCGACGGGGAAGGGGGCUUCCUGGCCCACGCCUACUUCCCCGGGCCCCACAUCGGUGGGGACACCCACUUCGACGGGGCCGAGCCUUGGACGGCCCGCAACGAUGACCUCAGCGGCAACGACCUCUUCCUGGUGGCCGUCCACGAGCUGGGCCACGCGCUGGGGCUGGAACACUCCAGCGACCCCUCGGCCAUCAUGGCCCCCUUCUACCAGUGGAUGGACACCGAGGCCUUCGUCCUCCCCGACGACGACCGCCGGGGCAUCCAGCAGCUCUACGGUAGGCCCCGGCCCCGUAGCCCCGACCGCCCCCCCGGGCCCCCCUACGGCCCCCGCAUCUGCGACGGCAACUUCGACACCAUCGCCAUGCUGAGGGGGGAGAUGUUCGUCUUCAAGGAGCGGUGGUUCUGGCGCGUGAGGGACCGGCGGGUGAUGGACGGGUACCCCCUGCCCAUCGGCCACUUCUGGGUGGGGCUGCCCCCCAACAUCAACACGGCCUACGAGAGGAAGGAGUGGGACGGUGGUGGGUCUGAGGAGGUGGUGGUGGGUCUGAGGAGGUGGUGGGUUGUCCCCGUGGUGACCAUGUCCCACCCCACCCCCCCAGGGGACAAGCACUGGGUGUUCGAGGAGGCGGUGCUGGAGCCAGGGUACCCUCGGGCCCUGCGGGACCUGGGCCGGGGUGUCCCCACCGACCGCCUGGACGCCGCCCUCCUCUGGCUGCCCAGCGGCAAGACCUACUUCUUCCGGGGCAACAAGUGGGUGGCCACCUCUGGGGACCUUCUGGGGACCUUCUGGGAUCUUCUGGGAUCUUCUGGGGACCUUCUGGGACCUUCUGGGAUCUUUGGGGAUGUUCUGGGAUCUUCUGGAACCUCUUGGAACCUCUCAGGAACCUUCUGGGGAUCUUCUGGGGACCUUCUGGGACCUUCUGGGAUCUUUGGGGAUGUUCUGGGAUCUUCUGGAACCUCUUGGAACCUCUCAGGAACCUUCUGGGGAUCUUCUGGGGACCUUCUGGGACCUUCUGGGAUCUUUGGGGAUGUUCUGGGAUCUUCUGGAACCUCUUGGAACCUCUCAGGAACCUUCUGGGGAUCUUCUGGGGACCUUCUGGGACCUUCUGGGAUCUUUGGGGAUGUUCUGGGAUCUUCUGGAACCUCUUGGAACCUCUCAGGAACCUUCUGGGGAUCUUCUGGGGACCUUCUGGGACCUUUGGGAACCUUCUGGGCACCUUCUGGGGACCUUCUGGGACCUUUGGGAACCUUCUGGGAUCUUCUGGGAUCUUCUGGGACCUCUUGGAACCUCUCAGGAACCUUCUGGGGAUCUUCUGGGAUCUUCUGGGCACCUUCUGGGACCUUCUGGGACCUCUUGGGAACCUUCUGGGCACCUUCUGGGACCUUCUGGGGAUCUUCUUGGGACCUUUGGGGACCUUCUGGGACCUUUGGGGAUCUUCUGGGACCUCUUGGAACCUCUCAGGAACCUUCUGGGGAUCUUCUGGGACCUUCUGGGGACCUUCUGGGACCUUUGGGGAUCUUCUGGGAUCUUCUGGAACCUCUUGGGAACCUUCUGGGGAUCUUCUGGGACCUUCUGGGACCUUCUGGGGAUCUCUGGGACCUUCUGGGGAUCUUCUGGGGAUCUUCUGGGAUCUUCUGGGACCUUCUGAGGACCUUCUGGGGAUCUUCUUGGACCUUCUGGGGAUCUUCUGGGACCUUCUGGGCACCUUCUGGGGAUCUUCUAGGACCUUCUUGUCACCUCUGUGUCACCUCUCUCACCUCCUUGAUGUCCCCAUGGCCACCUUCAUGGCCACCACGAGCCCCCCAUGGCCCACGAUGGUGUCCCCACGCCCUGGUGACACCCCCAUGGCCACCUCCACGCCCCCCAUGAUGUCUCCAUGGCCCUUCCCAUGGCCGUGUUGAUGUCCCCAUGGCCACGUUGAGGUCCCUAUGGCCACCACGAGGUCCCCAUGGCCCAUGAUGGUCUCCCCACGCCCCCCAUGAUGUCCCCAUGGCCCACGUUGAUGUCCCCAUGACCCAUGAUGGUGUCGUCAUGACCCAUGGUGGUGUCCUCACGCCCCCCAUGAUGUCUCCAUGACCCUUCCCAUGGCCACGUUGAUGUCCCCAUGGCCACCACGAGGUCCCCAUGGCCCAUGGUGGUGUCCCCACGCCCCCCAUGAUGUCCCCAUGACCCAUGAUGGUCUCCUCACGCCCCCCAUGAUGCCUCCAUGGCCCUUCCCAUGGCCAUAUUGAU